UUCUGCAGUGCCAUCUGACGUAGCUGAGUGAACAACCCAUUCCAGUACAAUAACGCCAGCGCCAGGUUUUAAAGCCAUCUCUAAUCUAUCGCAACCAUACCUCAGUGAUCGCACCGCAGAAUGAAGUAGCUAGUGGGAAUAGAAACACUAUGGCUGCCAGUCUCUCCCUGACUCAGCUCUCAAGUGGAAAUCCUGUCUAUGAAAAAUACUAUCAACAGGUUGACCCGUCUGGUAGUGGACGGGUGGCAGCUGCUGAUGCAGCCUUGUUCCUGAAGAGAUCAGGCCUAGCAGACCUCGUCCUGGGCAAGAUCUGGGAUUUGGCAGAUUCAGAACGCAAGGGGUGCCUUAACAAACAGCAAUUCUUCAUUGCUCUCCGGUUGGUGGCCUGUGCCCAAAAUGGACUGGAGGUGGCACUCAAGAGUCUCAGUUUGGCAGCCCCCCCCCCAAAGUUUCAUGACACAAGCAGCCCACUUCUACCUGGGGGAGUGUCCAUUGAUGGCCCAUGGGUGGUCAAGACGGAAGAGAAGCUGAAAUUUGAUGCCAUCUUCGACAGCCUCUCCCCCGUUAGUGGCAUGCUCUCUGGGGAGAAGGUCAAACCAGUUUUGCUGAACUCUAAACUUCCAGUGGACGUACUGGGAAGGGUAUGGGAACUGAGUGACCUAGACAGAGAUGGUAUGCUCGACCGAGAUGAGUUUGCUGUGGCCAUGUACCUGGUCUACAGAGCUCUGGAGGGGGAGCCCGUGCCCAUGUCUCUACCUGCUCCUCUAGUGCCCCCCUCCAAGAGGAAAAAGCCCACUGUCUCUGUACCCCCUGUGAUGCCCCUUUUACCCUCACCCCCCUCCAUCAAAGAGAGCCGUUCCUCCCUUUCAGGGUCCAAAACCCUGCCCUCCAAACCAGCAGUGACCCCAGUCACAUGGGCUGUAUCUCCUCCAGACAAAGCCAAGUAUGACGAGGUGUUUGCAAAGACAGCUCUUGACGUGGAUGGGCUGGUGUCUGGGCCUGAAGUCAGAGAUAUCUUCUUAAAGACUGGCUUGCCCUCUGCCACACUAGCACACAUCUGGGAGCUCUGUGACAUUGGGGACAUGGGGAAGCUAACCAGGGAACAGUUUGCGCUAGCGCUGCAUCUAAUUAACCAGAAACUGACCAAGGGUGUGGACCCACCCCAGAACCUCUCUCCUGAAAUGAUCCCUCCCUCAGACAGACUGAGCCUAGCAGCCACGCAGAGCAACGCAGCAAAUCUGGCAGCAGACUUUUCUGCCAUCAAGGAACUGGACUCACUCAGCAAUGAGAUUGUCGACCUACAAAGGGAGAAGAGCAACGUGGAACAGGAAAUUAAAGAGCAGGAGGAGAGCAUCAGAGAAAGGACCAGUGAAGUCCAGGAACUGCAGAAUCAGGUGCAGAAGGAGAGCGGGGAGCUGCAGCGGCUGCAGUCUCAGCGCCAGGAGGUCCAGGAUGCUCUGGAGGAGCUGGACCAGCAGAAGACCACUCUGGAGGAGCAGCUUGGUCACAUCCGCCAGCAGUGCAGCCAUGAGAACCAGCUGAUCUCGUCACUAGAGGCGGAGCACACGGAGCAGGAGCAGAGGAUAGAGGAGUACGAGGAGCAGCUGGUGCAGGCCAGAGAGGAGCUACUUCGGCUACAGGAGGAGAGCCAACAGUUGGAGGAGAAGGUGCAGGCAGCGCGGGAGCAGUUCACUCCCUUGCAGGAGUUUGUCAAGGACUCCUACUCUCAGGUGCAACAGAAGCUGAGUGAUCUACAGUUGGAGGAGCGGACGGUCACGGCCCAGCUCAGUUGGAAGAAUGCCCUAGAGGAGGAUCCAGUGCUGGUGAACGGCUCAGCGGAGGAGCAGCACCAGGAGUACCAGCCUGAGGAGCUGAGAGUGGAGCCUCCAGCCAGCCAGCCACGGAUGGAGCCGGCUGAACCGAUAGAAGAAGUAGAGGAGGAGGAUAGGCCUAAGACCCCAGAGGCCAAGUCUGAUGCCUUCGAAGACCUCUAUAACAGCCUAUCUUCCACUGUCUGGCCAGUACCACAGGACAACCUUGUGAAGGAGCACAUUAGUCCCAUUGCCUUCACCCUUCAGGAGCACGGGAGUCCUACUGCUGAAUUUGAAGCAGAGGUCAAAGAAGAAGAAAAAGAAGAUGAGGAGUCGUCGUCUAAAGCUAGCACUCCCAAGCAGGUGGAAUCCCCAGAGCCAGAACAGAGACCAGAGUCAACUGAGCCUCCCCAUGCUACCCCUCCUGCGCUACCUCCACAGACAACCUCCCCUCCACUCCCUGGACUGGACUUCUUCGAGUCAGACCCCUUCACUGACCAUGAUCCAUUUAAAGAUGAUCUAUUUGGAAAGGCAGAUGUUUCCGAUCCGUUUGGAGGAGACCCAUUUAAGGGUACAGAUCCCUUUUCUGCUGACUCCUUCUUCAAGCAGUCUUCGACCGCCCCCUUCCCUUCUGCUGACCCCUUCACCCCCACCGACCCCUUCAGUGGCAGUGCCAGCCUAGUGGAGCCUGACCUGUUUGCAGCUCCGCUCAACAACGCUGCAGGACUGGACCCCUUCAGCUCCAAACCCAACAACAAGGCAGCCAGGGACCCCUUCAGCACCAAGGUCAACAACGUGGAUGCGGAUCCGUUUGGAUCCAAGAUGGACUCCCUGGCAGAGGCAGACCCGUUUGGCUCCCAGGGUACUGCAGGCCCGGAUCCCUUCAGCUGCUCCCAGCCAGGCUCUGAGCUCCCCACUAAGGAUCUCACUGCAGCAACCAAUGACCCUUUUGCACCUGGAGGCACUGCAGGAAAUACUGGCUCUGACCCAGAUCCAUUUGCUGCUGUGUUUGGCAACGAAUCAUUUGGAGUGGGAUUUGCGGACUUCAGCGCCCUGGCCAAGUCAAACGGUGCCGACCCCUUCGCCUCAUCCAACUCGUCCAACAACAAGAACCUGUUCAAGGAGGACAGCCAGCCUAGCAGCCUUGAUGUUCCCCCAGCCUUGCCCCCCAAGACAGGAACGCCCACCAGACCUCCCCCUCCACCCCCAGGUAAGAGAGCCGACAUCUCCAGGUCCGAGACGUCGGACACGUUCCACAGAAGGGGGCCCUUUCUGCCCCAGGGCUCAGGAGACACCCCUUUCUCCCAACCCGCCAAGGAUGCUGCCCAGGACCCCUUUGCCCCAUCCUCACCCCGCCAGCCCGCACGGGACCCAGACCGAUUUGCCAGCUUUGACAAACAGCAGUACCAUACUGAGGAGGACAUGAUUGAGUGGGCGAAGAGGGAGAGUGAGCGGGAGGAGAAGGAGCGCCUGACCAGACAGGCACAACAGGAGCAAGAGGAUCUGGAGCUGGCCAUUGCCCUGAGCAAGUCAGAGUUCUCCUGAAAGACUCCCGGUCGCCCUGUGUGACCUAUCACUAACCAAAGGAAGGAGGGAGGGGUGGGAGAACUGAACUAAACGGCCUACUCGGACCCAAUGAAGAGAUGUUGAGUAUUGGCUCCUCCCACCCAUUAACCCCCUAAUUUUCUCCUAACCUCUCAUUUUGUUUCGCUCAUUAUUGGCAUUUUCAGUUUGUUUUCAUUGGUGUUUGGCCAAGUGGUGGGUAUAGAACUGUGAUAUUCUCUGUUAGACUUCAAUAGCCCUCGUACAGUAAAUAUACAUGGAGAUUGUUAAGUAUAUCUAUACAGACCUAAUUGUUAAUAACUAACUGCAAAAGUUCUGCCCCUGUUUGCAAUGCUCUUGUCUAGAAGCCUGCUCAGACCCAGACCACCAGAUAGUAUUGAGCACUUAUGGUAACCAUUUCUCCCUGAGAUUGAAUGCAAGAGUGUUGAGCUUUAAAGUUAUGAACUACAAAAAUGGCUAACACAACAUGCCUUUUUUUCCUGUCUUCCCACUUGUUUUUUCUUUUUGAAAAUAUGAAUUUUAUGAUAUGAUUAACUCUAACAAGAUACUAAGAGUAAUGUUCAUCUAAUUAAUCUGGGUGUAAACCAAUGUCAAAUUGUAAUCCAUAUGUGAUUCAUUUGGCUAUACACCAGACAUGUACAAUAUGUGGUGAAUUAGAUUUCAUGUCUGAGUUGAGGAUUUGCUAGUGCUUGUGUAAAAACAGUUCUUCUUAGAGAUGACCUGACAUAUGUCCUUACGUGAGUAGCCAUUUUAUGUAUAGAGUAGCGGAAGUCAAACAGUGCAGAGGGUUGAAAGGGAAAAGAGGAGAUCGCAGGUUUAUAGCAGUACUGAGGGUUGUACAUUUGCUAAAAAUAAGUAAACCAGUAAAACCACUAUUUUAUGUUCAGUUAUGUCCAGACCUCUGCAUGUAGCCCCAAAUGUAGGCUGCUUUUUCUUAGCGUGAAAUGUAAUCUACCCCACCCAACACUACCCACCAAUAGUCAAGAGACAACUAUUGACCACAAACAAUGAUUGUGUGGUUCAUGAAGUAAUGUUGUUUGAACAAAUGAGAUGUCAAGAUUUUGGAAAGUAGGUUGGUUGUACAGGAAGAUGUUUUUAAAUGUAUUUUAAGUUGAAAAAUAUGUAAUGAUUAGAAUUGUUAACUAGAAACUGGAUACAGGCUGAGUGUAAUACACACAGGAAGAGUAGCUGCUGCCUUGGCACCAACUAAUGGGGAUCCCUAAUAAAUACAAAUACAUAUACAUGUUGUGUGUGAAAAUACUCCCUACUAGAAUAGCUGGCUUCUGUAAAUUGUCUGAUUCUGUCACCAAAAUCUACAAUGUCACCCUGUCUCACCUGUUUAGAGAUACAAUAGUUUAGCCAUGUCUUCUGCGUCAGGGAGUUAUGUAACCUUGUUAUAACCAAUAGGUAUAGUUUAUAACUAGGCCCCAAUUUUCCUGCUCAGGAAAAACUCCUGGCCCAACUAUGGCAAAUUCUCCCCUGUAUAUACGCUCUGCAUUUUUAACACCUAGCUUCAGUUGAAUACAGCCAUCAGUAGGGGGUUCAGUUGUAAAGCAAAUGGCUGCUGCACAUGUUAGCAUUCUUAAGCAUCUUGUUUUUUUUAUGUUUUGUGUUUCACUGAGGUGAUCCCACCGUGAUUGACCGCAUUUUAAAAACUGCCUGAUGAAAGUAUCCUUCGCCUUUUUGUACAAAGGCUGUUCUUCUGUCUGUGAACUUCAGUCACUUGAGGGUUUUACUUAAAAAGCCCUUUUGUGUUGGUGAGGGGAGGCAGAAUUGGAGGGGGAGGGGGGGGUAAAUGUAACUUUAAAACAUGUUACCAUCUCAAAGCAUACCAUAGCAAUGUUUUUUUGUUUCCAGAUUAAAAGAGAAUACGUAUUUAAUUAAUCAAGAGGGCUAUACUGUGAAAGUACACCGUUGACAAGGGAAUAGCGAGAUUCAAGUAAUUUGGGCUAUUUGUUUUCUGACCAAUGUACAACUCAUGGACCCUUUUCCUGCUUUUCAUCCUGUUUUUUUAGGUUCAUCAGUAGAGACCAUUCUGUAAAUGAGCACUGUGGUCAGUUAGGACUUCCUAGUGUUGUUCAUUCAAGAAAUGUUUCUGUUUGUAAAUACAAUAGAGUUGUCAAUUCUCCAGAGACAGCUGUGUUCCUUUUAUACCAUCAUCUAGUAUUUAAAGGCUAUCAGAUACUAUUGAUCAUCAUGUAAUUUGUAUAGACUUCUCUAUUUUCAAAUAAAAAACCACUUGUUUUUCUAAGCCAUCUACCUAAAGGCUUUUAAAAACGGGCUUAUUGUAAGCCUAUUUGAGUUGUCAUUUUUUAACAUGUCAGUAAUGGUCAGAAUAUACUAAGUGAAACAUUUAAUUGAAAACAGAAUAAUAAAUAUAAACCUCUCAAAGAACA